CGGAGGAAGUGGCGGAACCAUAGAGCGAGCGUUUCCAUAACGACCGGACGAUUUUCUCGGGCGGACCAAGUAACCUCCAUGACAUGGAUGUAUGAAACAAUUGACAGCAAUACCGAGUCAAUGCUGGCCACUCUGUCCACGAUGAUGUCUCAUGGUUUCAAGAGCAGUAAGCAGAACUUUACCUUUGGACAAUGGAAAGUGACUGCUGCCAAAAAUCACAUUAUGAAAUCCAAAGACGUCGAAAGGUUAGCAGAAGAGAUGAACAUGCCUUCCCUUCCAGAGAUGCUGUUUGGAGACAACUUCUUACGUAUCCAACACCUAGAUGGCUACGGCAUUGGAUUCAAUGCCAUUGAUGCCCUUAGGAGAGUAAACAACAUGGAGGAUGCUGUCAAGGUGGCCUGUGCUCAAGAAUGGCAGGAAAGCAGAGCUGAUUCUGAACACUCAAAAGAGGUGGUGAAACCUUACGACUGGACAUACACCACAGACUACCGAGGCACUCUAAUGGGAGAAGAUAUGCAGAUAAAGGUGACUGAGACAGCAGAGCGUAUCGAUAUGGAGAAGCUGAAGGCUCGAGAACAGAUCAUGUUCUUUGAUGACGUGCUGCUGUUUGAGGAUGAGCUGCAUGACCACGGAGUGUCAAUGAUCAGUGUAAAAAUUAGGGUGAUGCCCACCAGUUUCUUCCUGUUGCUGCGUUUCUUCCUACGUGUGGAUGGAGUGCUGAUAAGAAUAAAUGACACUCGACUGUAUCAUGAGGCUGGAAAUAAUUACAUGCUACGAGAGUUCAGCACCAGAGAAAGCAAAAUAGCGGAACUCAAGAAUGUUCCUGCUGCACUGUACACUGAUCCAAAUGAGAUCGCCCAGCACUUGUCACUGAAGCUGACAGUGUAUGAGAAGCUGGAAUUUCCCGUGCCACAUGCUCAGACAGCUGUUAAUGAAGUUCUCCAGUGACCAGUACACUAUAAGAUCCAGGAUCCCGAUGCAGCCACAUCGUGAACGUGAAUCUUGACCAUGAUGAUGGAUGGCAGAUUGUGAUCAUGGAUCGUCAUCAUGGUGGCAGCUGAACAUGGAUUUUCAAUACAUCUAUAUUGCUCCCUUCAUCUCUGUAGCACAUUUUCUUUUGUACAAAGAUUAAAAUACAAAUACAUUGAUAAACAUCUUCAUUUUAGUUAUACACUGCCUUUUCUUAUGAAUAGUGAAAAUAUUUCAAUUUUAUUGAUGUGCUCUGCUACUUGCAGCAUUUGUUGCACUUCUAUUUGUCCUGGGAGAGUGAUCCCUCACGCGUUGCUCACUCUUAUGUUUCUGCUUUUUUUCCUCCUCUUGAUAGACGGGGGGGGGGUUGUUUAGUAAUUUGUGUAUGUGGUCCUCGUUUCCAGUAUUUUUUUUAUUGAUCAGAUCUUAGGGAGAAAGUUAACUUCUCCAUGCAGUGUAUUUCAUUAACAUUAUCGGCCACAUCGUCCAUCGAUGGUGGGUUUGUGUACAGCUUCUUGUUCGCCACCAGUAAUACUUUUUGAAGGUACUCAUCGUGAGUCCUGAAAUUAUCUUGGAUUUUGCCCAAGUAUAGUGUUACAAAAUAACAGUCAACUUCCAUUCCAAAGAUAUUCCUUAUUUCUUUCGCAACCUUUUGCCAAUAUGAUUGAUCAGAGGUCAGCCCUAAAGGAUAAGGUCUGAAGUGGUCCGCCAUUGAUUAACCACACUGCCUCUUGCAGAUAUCUUGACCCCGAUAACCCUGCUGUACGAAUUUCUGAAAAUUGUAUAAUGUUCCUUUAUCAUGAUUCUUGCCAUGACAUUGAGUUGGUAGUCCUAAAUUGACACUCCCAGAUAUCAUCCUCAGUCCUUCAGAAAUUUUCAGCCAGAGUUAAUCUCCCAUUUUUGUUUGACCUGAACGGUACAAAAUCGGUUAUAUAUUUUGGAUAUAUGAUGUUUGUUGUCACUAGUCUAAUAAGAAUCAAUAAAUAUAUUGACCAGAUUGGCCCACUGCCCUCCGAUUGUUUAGUUUCUUUAUUAAAAUAGUCCCUAGCCUGGAGAUUUCGGAAAAAGUCAUUUGAAAGAUGGGUAAAAUGCUGUAAGUCAUUACCAGUGGUUAAAGUACAGUAAGCUGGUACCGCAUUGUAUGUCCACCGCUUAAAGGGCUGGAUGUGAUUUAGAGGUAGAGCGUAGACCUCCAACCAGAAGUUCGUUGGUACAAUCAUCAGUCUUAUAAAUAGUCCUAAAUGCAUGGAAGAGAGAAUCCACCCCUUUCUUCAAGUAAUUAUAAUGUCCCAUUAACCAGGGCCUUCUUACUGUGCUACACAAAUCUUGAAAUCAUCCUAUACCAUUCAUUGAAAUCUUUAGGGGGAACUGAAACAGGAAGUGACUAGAAUAGGUACAGACAUAUCUAGAGGCAGUAAUGUUAAGAUCAGUCAAAUUCUGCUUUAAUUUUCUUAAUAACACAUCCAUAGUCACUGUCAUAUAUUGUGCUGAUAUGUUCUUUUAUUACAUGGUCUACCACAUGCAA